CCAGCGAGAACUACGGAGUGGUUCAUUCCAGCCCUGUCCCAGAAGAAAUCUGAUUGCAACCACGGCCCACUCAGAAAGCGUUCUCCACCUCCCACUCUCUCGUCAUUCUGGACUACAACUCCCAGAAGUCGUCGCGGCGCAGCCCUGUGACCUGCGCAGUAGAGUUGGUUGUAAAGUGCUAUGACAACAGGGCGAAGAUGGCUUGGAGUUAGGUUGGAGUGGGGAGGUGCCCUUUCCGCCGCUGCUGUCCGUUUUCGGCUACAACCCAGUCACCGCCUCCUCCAUCAUUUCCUCCUCGUUUUGAGCAGCAAGACUUGCUAAUGCUUCCGCCUGGCUGGUCUCUUCCAAGGGAUUGAUGCUGUUUCUCUUGUUUGUCUCCGGGGGUGACAGUCAGGAGAGUGCAGGGGGAAGCUUCUUAGGGGAAUCCUUCCAACUCUGUGGAGCUGGUGCUGUUGGCUAGUGGGACUGUCUUUUGGCCCGGGACCUGGAGCAAGUUCCAGCAGGAGGACAACAGGGAGUAGUGAAGCUAAGGGUAGUUUUCCCCUGCACCCCCUGUUCUUGUUUCUUCUGCUCCAGCCCCGGGACCCUGGGGAAAUCUGCGGAAAGAGGGUUCGCAGAAAGGUAGGGCAGGUCCCACCUGACCCGGCAUCAGGAUCCAGCUAUGUGGCACUGAUUACAACGGCUGGUAGUGGUAGCUGGGCAUCAUCCGAUUCUUCUGGUUUCAGGGUAGAUGAGGCCACCACCUCAUUGUUCUGGUUUCAGAGUGAAAGAAAAUGUCUUUAUUUAAAGCCCGUGAUUGGUGGUCUACUGUUCUGGGAGAGAAAGAAGAAUUUGAUCAAGGCUGUUUGUGUUUGGCUGAUGUUGACAAUAGUGGAAAUGGGCAAGAUAAAAUAAUUGUGGGUAGCUUCAUGGGAUACCUAAGAAUCUUUAGUCCUCAUCCUGUAAAAACAGGCGAUGGAGCUCAAGCUGAAGAUUUGCUUCUAGAAGUGCAUUUACGAGAGCCAAUACUUCAAGUGGAAGUAGGGAAAUUUGUUUCAGGUACUGAAAUGCUUCAUUUGGCUGUUUUACAUUCUAGAAAACUAUGUGUCUAUGCUGUCUCAGGAACAUUGGGUAAUGUGGAACAUGGGAACCAAUAUCAGAUCAAAUUGAUGUAUGAACAUAAUCUUCAGAGGACAGCCUGCAAUAUGACCUAUGGAUCGUUCGGUGGUGUGAAAGGUCGAGAUUUAAUUUGUAUACAGUCCAUGGAUGGGAUGCUUAUGGUGUUUGAGCAGGAAAGCUAUGCUUUUGGGAGAUUUCUGCCUGGGUCCCUUCUGCCUGGCCCUCUCGCUUACAGUUCUCGUACAGAUUCCUUCAUUACUGUCUCUUCCUGCCGACAAGUGGAAAGUUACAAAUAUCAAGUACUUGCUUUUGCGACGGAUGCGGAUAAAAGGCAAGAGACUGAACAGCAAAAACUUGGUUCUGGAAAAAGACUAGUGGUAGAUUGGACUCUAAAUAUUGGAGAGCAAGCCCUUGACAUAUGUAUUGUCUCUUUCAAUCAGUCAGCAUCUUCUGUUUUUGUUCUUGGUGAGAGAAACUUUUAUUGCCUUAAGGAUAAUGGACAAAUUCGGUUCAUGAAGAAACUUGAUUGUAGCCCAAGUUGUUUCCUCCCCUAUUGCUCAGUUUCUGAAGGAACAAUAAAUACAUUGAUUGGAAACCAUAAUAACAUGUUGCAUAUUUAUCAGGAUGUGACACUGAAAUGGGCCACUCAACUUCCCCACAUUCCUGUAGCAGUAAAAGUGGGCUGUUUGCAUGAUUUAAAGGGAGUAAUAGUCACUCUGAGUGAUAAUGGUCACUUGCAGUGUUCAUACCUGGGGACAGACCCUUCACUGUUCCAAGCUCCAAAAGUUGAAUCUAGAGAACUAAACUAUGAUGAACUUGAUGUGGAAUUGAAGGAGCUUCAGAAAAUUAUCAGAGAUGUUAACAAAACACAAGGUGUUUGGCCCAUGACUGAGAGAGAAGACGACUUGACAGUUUCUGCCGUGGUUUUGCCUAAUUUUGAUUCAGUGUCUCAAGCCACCAAUGUUGAAGUGGGAACUGACCUUGUCCCUUCAGUCACAGUGAAGGUCACACUGCAGAGUCGACUGGCAUUGCAAAAAGCCAAAUUAUCACUUUAUGUGCAACCACCGUUAGUACUGACCUGCGAUCAGUUUACCUUUGAAUUUAUGGCACCAGAGAUGACUAGAACAGUAGCCUUUUCUGUUUAUCUGAAAGGAAGUUAUAUACCAUCUGAAUUGGAAGGAAAUGCUGUUGUUUCAUAUUCCAGACCAACAGACCGAAAUCCUGAUGGUAUCCCUCGAGUUAUCCAAUGUAAAUUUAGACUUCCCCUGAAAUUAAUCUGCCUACCAGGUCAGCCUUCAAAAACUGCAAGCCACAAAUUAACUAUUGAUACCAACAAAUCUCCAGUCAGCCUUCUCAGUCUCUUCCCAGGCUUUGCCAAUCAGUCAGAUGAUGAUCAGGUGAAUGUAAUGGGCUUUCGCUUCUUGGGAGGCUCCCGAGUUACUCUUCUUGCUUCCAAAACCUCUCAACGAUAUCGCAUUCAGAGUGAACAAUUUGAAGAUCUUUGGCUCAUAACAAAUGAGCUUAUUCUCCGCCUCCAAGAAUAUUUUGAAAAACAGGGAAUCAAAGACUUUGCAUGUUCUUUUUCUGGAUCUAUGCCCCUUCAAGAAUAUUUUGAAUUAAUUGAUCAUCAUUUUGAGCUGCGGAUAAAUGGUGAAAAAUUAGAAGAACUGUUAUCUGAAAGAGCUGUACAGUUUCGGGCCAUUCAAAGACGACUGUUAACAAGGUUCAAAGAUAAAACACCUGCCCCACUCCAACACUUGGACACCUUGCUAGAUGGAACUUAUAAGCAGGUAAUAGCUCUAGCAGAUGCCAUAGAGGAAAACCAAGACAAUCUGUUCCAGUCAUUCACCAGACUGAAAAGUGCCACCCAUUUGGUGAUUCUGCUGAUCAGCCUGUGGCAGAAGCUUAGUGCUGACCAGGUCACUAUUCUGGAGGCGGCAUUUCUGCCGCUGCAGCAGGACACUCAGGAAUUGGGCUGGGAAGAAACAGUGGAUGCUGCUAUUUCCCACCUAUUGAAGACCUGCCUAUCAAAGAGUUCAAAGGAGCAGGCUUUGAACCUCAGCAGCCAGCUGAACAUACCCAAAGAUACAAGCCGACUGAAGAAACAUAUCACCUUGCUCUGCGAUAGAUUAGCCAAAGGUGGACGCCUCUGCUUAAGCACUGAUGCCGCCGUCCCACACACCAUGGUCAUGCCAGGUGGCUGUACUACAAUCCCAGAAUCAGACCUAGAGGAAAGAUCAGUAGAACAAGACUCCACAGAGCUGUUUGCCAACCACAGGCACCUCCUUGCAGAGACACCCAUGCCUGACGUUUCAUCACUCCAUGGUGUCUCGGAUUAGUCCAAGUAGAGUUGUCUGAAUGAGAGGAAGAUGUCCUUCCGAAGGCUGACCCUGUGUGGAUCUCAUGCCAAGCACAGACGUUGGGCUGGCCCAGGUGCGCCAUCCAGCUCACCAUCCUGGAGAUGACACUACCUAGAGAUGGGGAUUGGAACUUUUAUUUUUCUAGGAGGACUUGUAAUGUCAUAAGCAAGUCAGCUGAAACUUGUCUUGCCAGGAAAGGAUGUUACUGCCUUUUGGUCAGAUGAAUGCUGACAUUCAGAGGAUAUGGUGAGAUAACAUAGUUUGGGGUCAGACUUUAUAAUGCAGAGACCCAAAUAAUUCGAUACCCCAUUUUUCACAGAAUUCUUAUAUAGUAAGUGUAUCAAGUUUAAUAAAGCAUCUAAUUGGCAAUCGAUAUCUUGUAU